AUGGCAGCCGGCAAAAGGAAAGCUUCCGGCAAACCAAUCCCCGAGACCAAAACCGUCCAGGCCAAGAAAUUGAAGACAACUUUGACGGUGGAAGACGCGAAGGCAUAUUUCGAUGAACACAACAUCAAGGUUCAUAUUCCUGAGGGGAAGGACAUUGACAUCACCCCACUGGCAGGCUUUCACUUCCAAGGCUUUGCGAAACGCCUGAUCAGGUAUUGCCAGAACAAGUAUGAGAAUCCCACACCCAUCCAAGCGUGCACUUGGCCAUUAAUCAUGCAGAAAAGCGACGUGUGUGGAAUCGCCAAGACGGGCAGCGGAAAGACACUGGCCUUCGCUCUUCCCUACUUGUCCAUGUCGAGGCUUGGAGAGCUGGACGUCUUCGAGCAGCCCUGCGCUCUGCCGCGCUUCGUGGCCUUGGCACCCACGAGGGAGCUCGCGAUGCAGAUUGCGGAGGUCUGCACAGAUCUUGUGAAAGCCCUCACCGCAGGCGAAGAGGGGCUGUACCCGGUGCAGUGCAUCUACGGUGGUGUUCCCAAGAGAGAUCAACGACAGGCAAUUUCCCAGACGGGCAUUGACAUGGCCAUUUGCACGCCUGGACGCUUGCAGGACCUGGUGGAAGAGGAGACGGUGGACCUGAGCUCCGUGCAGUACCUCGUCCUGGACGAGGCGGACAGGAUGCUGGAUCUGGGCUUCAUCGACGCGGUGAAAGCGUUGAUCUCCAAGAUGCCCAAGGCUGGGAAGCGCCAGACCUGCAUGUUCAGCGCCACCUGGCCUGCCACGGUGCACGCUCUCGCGACGAAGUUCCUCAACGAGCCCAUGCAUGUGGGCAUCGGCUCUGUCGAUGAGGGCAUGGUGGCGAACACGGCCAUUCGACAGCUGGUGGAGGUGAUCAGCAACGAGAAGGACAAGCCGGCACGUCUACUUCAACAUCUGAAGAAGCAUUUCAGUCCGGACAAGAAGGUCAUCAUCUUUGGCCUCUACAAGAAGGAGACGGCCUGGCUGGAGAACUUCCUGUGGGAGAAGGGCUACGAAAAGGUGAUUGCGUUGCAGGGCGACAUGUCCCAGGACAAACGGACACAGGCCAUUGCAGACUUCAAGGCCACGAAGAAGUGGCUGGAAUAUGUUUAUCGUGCAACGGUUCACGCUUCUCUGGGGCGCGUGUCGUCGGCGUCGCCGAGGACUCCACUCAUCGCCACGGACGUUGCCAGCCGAGGUCUGGAUGUCCAGGACGUGGAGCUGGUGAUCAACUACACCUUCCCUCUGACCAUCGAGGACUACGUGCAUCGCAUCGGCCGAACCGGCCGAGCCGGGAAGAAAGGCCUGGCGAUCUGCCUCUUCUGCCCGGAGUCCAAGGGGGCCCAGGAUGAGAAGGCGCACGCAGGUGACCUUUGCAAAGUCCUCCGCGAUGCGAACCAAGAAGUGCCCAAGGAGUUGGAGAGCAUUGCCGGCACCUCCGGUGGCAACAAGGCCACGAAGAAGAAG